AUGCUGCGGCGCUGCGUGCGACUGCAUUUUAGUAGAACGCCGCUGUGGCUUGCUGACGAUGUGGUUAGUCUUUUCGAGCGGUACACCGAAAUUGAGAACUCCAACGAACGACGGAUUAGUGCACUGAGGGCAUGCAGCAUGUUUGACGAUGAGUGGAUUGCCACGGAGAAGGUGCACGGCGCCAAUUUUGGCAUCUACUCCAUCGACGGUGGCAAAAUGAUACGCUAUGCGAAGAGAAGCGGCAUUAUGCUCCCCACCGAGCACUUCUUCGGCUAUCAUAUUUUGAUACCGCAGCUGCAGCAGUACAUCACCGCCACCCGUGAGAUGCUCUGUGACAAACUGCAGAGGAAGUUGCACACCGUUCUCAUAAACGGCGAGUUGUUUGGGGGGAAGUACGAUCACCCUAGUUUGCCCAAGACGCGAAAAACAGUGAUGGUAGCGGGAAAGCCUCGGACAAUCAGUGCCGUGCAGACAGAUUCGUUCCCGCAAUACAGUCCAGACCUUCAUUUUUAUGCGUUUGACAUCAAAUACAAGGAAAGUGUGGAUGCUGAGUACAACACUCUCAUGUUUGAUGAGGCAACGGAGUUGUUUCAGAAGAUCCCUGGGCUACUGUAUGCGAGGGCUAUUAUUAGAGGGCCAAUGUCGAAGGUGGCGGCCUUCGAUGUGGAGCACUUCGUCACCACCAUUCCUCCACUUGUUGGGAUGGGCAACUAUCCACUGAAGGGAAACUGGGCAGAGGGACUCGUGGUGAAGCAUGCGAAGCGGGGGAAGCCGGGCUUCGACCCCAAGGGGUUGACCAUCUUGAAGUUUAAGUGUACCGCCUUUCAGGAGAUUUCGACGGACAGGCGCCAAGGGCCUCGCGUUGACGAAAUGGAAGUUGUGCGACGGGAUUCGAUUAGCCGCUCGGGUGUUCAGCUGCCUGACCUGGAAAGCGUCAUACACGAUCCAGUGCAGCUGGAUGCCUCAAAGUUCCUGCUGGACCACGUUUGUGAGAAUCGCCUGAACGCUGUGCUGUCAAAGAUUGGGACAGAUCCCUUUGAAAAGGAGGAGAUGACGCCGGAUGCGCUGGCGACGCUGCUGGCCAAAGAUGCCUUGAAGGAUUUUCUCAAGGAGGCGGAACCCGCCAUCGUCAACACGCCCAUUCUUACUCGCAGGGAUAUGGCGAGAUACGUCCUUUUCGAAUCGAGGCGGCUUGUCUGCUCGCGCUGGAAGACAAUCCUUCAACGGCAGACGCCGGAUGUGGUUGGGUGA